GAUUUUGCCAAAGCCAAAGCCAAAGCCAGCCAUAGCGCGCGAGGGGCUGAAGCGAAGAGCUGCCUCAGCCACCGAUCUCAUCUCCAACUCUCUCUCUCUCUCACACACACAUAUUCGUUAGCGCCUCUCUUAAAACCUUAAUAUUUCUUGAUGCUAUUUUAAAGUAGAUUGCAGUGUUGUUUACAAGUCCUCUGUCCGUCAAAUGCAUCAUACCAAACGCAAAGAUUCUACCGAAAUUUUCUCUCACAUUUGUCAUGUUUUUCAACCCCCACUUUCCUCAUAUUUCGAAACUCUCCUCCUCUUCCUCCAAAUCUACUUCCCUCAUUUAACAAAUUUCUCUUCAUUUUGUUUUGAAAUUUAACACUUUAUAUAUUUAGGCUUUCUUUUCUCUCAACUCGUCCAUGGCAUUUUCUUAAUCUAUGUCGACGACUGACAGAGGAUUCGCAACUCUGUUUGAGUUCAACCUCUCCAAGCUAUACCUUUCCCAUGGAUUGGCGCCGCGUAAAAAACAGAGAAUGUGCUUUCGGCUCACUAUGUUGAGUCGAAUCAGUUGCUGCUACCCCGACCCCGUCGUCCCAAUCCGGAGAGGCAACGGUUCAGCUAAUAGUAAUGAGAAGAAGGGGGAGAAUUGGCGGUUGGACUCCAAGAAUAGCCUUCACAGGGUCCGAGUUCUGGUCUCUCCUGCAAUGUCGUUUGCUUCGGCUCAAUCUCGAUUUUCUUCCAAACAACAAAAGUUCUACCCUCAGUGUACGCCUCGAAAUUCUGGUCCUCAGUCUCGUGAUACUCGACCGACAAGAGACACGGGUAUUGCAAAUGAGGAGGACUGGGGAAUUAGCUUGUUAAAUGAGAAUGUUAAUGAGUCUGGCACAAAUGAAGAUGGCAGUACCUGGUAUCGACAAAGUGGAGAGGACCUUGGUGAAAAUGGAUACUUGCGUCGAUGGACAAUGAUGGGUGGUAAAUCCCAUGAUGGAUCCUCUGAAUGGAUGGAAACGUGGUGGGAGACAAGUGACUGGAGUGGAUACAAAGAAUUAGGUGUUGAGAAGUCAGGAAGAAAUGCUGAAGGAGAUUCAUGGUGGGAAACUUGGCAAGAAUUGCUUCAUCAAGAUGAAUGGAGCAAUUUAGCACACAUAGAGAAGAGUGCUCAGAAGCAAGCUAAAUCAGGUAGUGAAAAUGCGGGUUGGCAUGAGAAAUGGUGGGAGAAGUAUGAUGCUAAAGGGUGGACAGAGAAAGGGGCACAUAAGUAUGGUAGGUUGAAUGAACAGUCAUGGUGGGAGAAAUGGGGAGAGCAUUAUGAUGGAAGAGGAUCUGUUCUCAAAUGGACAGAUAAAUGGGCUAAGACUGAAGUGGGAACAAGAUGGGGAGAUAAGUGGGAAGAGAAAUUCUUUGCUGGUGUUGGUUCACGUCAAGGGGAGACAUGGCAUGUAUCUGCAAGUGGCGACCGUUGGUCAAGAACAUGGGGUGAGGAGCAUUUCGGAAAUGGGAAAGUUCACAAAUAUGGGAAGAGCACAACUGGUGAAAGCUGGGAUUUAAUUGUUCAUGAGGAGACGUAUUAUGAGGCGGAACCUCAUUAUGGAUGGGCAGAUGUUGUGGGCGACUCAAGCCAGUUGCUAACGAUCCAACCUCGGCCAAGGCCGCCUGGUGUCUUCCCAAACCUUGAUUUUGGAUCAUCGCCUCCUCAACUUGAUGACCAAACCUGACUAGCCUCGCCCACUUCAAUUUGAGUUGGAGGAGGCUUUUUUCCCCCUAGGUUUUAAAUCAGUUAACUAUUAUUAGGUGUUAGUUGCAGUAUGUGUAGCGGAACAUUUUUGGAUUAUUGGUGUUGGAUUGGUUAAUGAUAAAUGUUGGGUGGAUUUUUUUCAAUAUAACGACCUAUAAAUGUCACGGGAUUAGAACUAUCCGCAGCCCGUAAUGCAAUGUAGAAACGGUAAUUGGAUGAGUUGAUUUUAAGUUUGAAUUAGAUGAAUUCUUGUUUUAA